CAUUUUGAGCAUUAUUUAUACGACAGACCUUAUGGAGGACUGAUUUUGUUGCCUGUUCCCAGCGCUCAGCUUGCACUCCCUUUCAAGCCUUCCUGAAAAAAUGACACCAGAAGAAACCGCGUUGUUAGCUUCAAUCGGAGUAACGGAGUACUGGAAUAUCGCACAGUUGGCGUUGAUUUGCUCCAUGUAUGGAUUCUACCUUCUCCUUGCUUUCAUAGCGAAAUCCGGAAUCCCGAGUUCUCGUCCGCACCAAUAUCUUCUCGGUCUAACGAUUCUCAUUUUGGGCCUCAACACCUGGGCAUACAUUAUCAGUGUUGCGAUCGAGCUCGUUCGAACGAAAUAUGUGUUCACCCCUCUCAGCAACGGUGCAGGUCUCCGAGCACAAGCAGACGUCGCAAAUGCAAAUGCAUUACCGUGGUCCCGCAUGAGUAUCUGGGCAUCAAACCUCAAUCUUCUUGUCGGGGACGCUACAGUUAUAUGGCGAGCUUGGGCAAUAUAUACAGGGAACAGGAUAGCUCAAUGGUUUUUGGUGAUCCUGAUGGUGUUGAAUGGGGUGCAUGCGAUGUAGCAAAUUUACCUGAGAGUCUACAAACGGCUGUUCUUGCUAUCAGUGCGACAUCGAUUUGGACUUCUCUGGUUGCAAAUCUUGUUGCUACUUUGUUUAUCGGGGCCAAAUUACUGGAGCACCACAAAACCGUCAAGGCAUUG